AUGAAAGCAGAGCCGUUUUGUGGCGCUUUAUUCUACCAGGAUGAGGGCUCAGGAGAAAUAUUCACAGCUGAUAGUGCAGAUGUAUACAUCUGUGCUCCGAAACCAAACUGUAUCAGCAAUGUAUUCAGCAAUUGUCAACCAGACUAUACAGAUGUAGGCAGCAUUCCUCAAUGUGUUCUGCAGCAUCUUCCACUUCUGUCUUCCAGCAACAUCAAUUCCAAAGUUGGCAUUUUACCAGUAUGCAAAGGUAGCAGUGAAAAUGUUCUUGCUGUUUUAGUGGUUGUUGGCAAUGAGAUCAAUGAUGCAGUUACAUCCAGGCUUCACCAAGUCAUACAACAGAUCGCAGCGUGCUACAAUCAUAUACAGAGAACGUUCCAGUCUACGAGGAGUGUGGAGGAACGUGCUAGUCAACAGCUCAUCAAGCUUUGCGGUGAAUUGUAUGAUCAGGAUGCAGCAGAAUUGCAGCUUAAAGUUCUCAGAUAUCUUGAAGAGCAGACUCAAGCAGAAUGUGCGUUCCUUUAUCUCGUUGUGCCAGAAACCCAAGAACUCUUCUGUCAGGUUAUAGGCAAGAAAAUUCUUCCAGAAGAGGAAAGGUUUCCAGGUCAAAGCAGCUGUUUUUCUGUUGCCCUGGAGACCAAACAGCCAAUGACCUUGGAGGACAUUCCAGUGGAAAGCAGAAAAGCUAUAGAAGAAAAAAUUGAAUGCCCACUGCGGUCGUUUCUCUGUGUGCCAGUGACAAGUCGAAGUAAUAAUAACCUUAUUGCAUUGACAUGUGUAGCAAAUAAACAAAAUGCAAACAGGUUUACUGAUCGUGACAUAUCUUGUAUACACCAGUGCUUUCGAUAUACAUCUACUGUUCUUACUAGUACCCUAGCCUUCCAGAAUGAAAGAAAAUUGAAACAACAAACACAGGCCCUGUUGCAGGUAGCCAGGGACUUGUUUACAAACUUAGGUAAGUGUAGUAAGACCUAUAGUACAGGUCUGGACAAGUUUCCAAUCCUAGAAUCUAGAGACUGUGAAAUUAAUGUUUGUAAGGCUUUCUUCCUGGAUACUCCUGCUAAUGAAUUCUUCCAUGGUGUUAAAGGCCAAUUGUAUCCUCUCUAUGCUGAUGAUUAUUUGUUUGAAAAGAUAAAAACUGAUGUAACGGAGCUGAAAGAAACUAGUGUGGAGUUAACUGUAAAAAUAAAGGAAGUUGAUGAUCGUAUGAGUGUUCAUACUAGUGAGAUAGAGAAGAUAGGAGAAGAUCUAACAGAAAUUCAAACUUGUUUAGCAGAAAUUAAUGAAAAUGACCUGAACAAAACUGAAGACAUGUGUAAGAAAGAAGUGGUGGCUGAAAUUCAUAUGGAACCUUUUGAUAAUAGUCUAAGUAAGACUGUAAUCAAAGAAAAUUGUCUUACUGAUACAACAGAUGAAACCAUAACCAGUUUAGAUUCUUCUGAUUCAAAGAAAGAAGAAAGUCUGGCUGAUGGCAAGAGUUAUAAAGUGGAUGAACUGAUUGCUUCCACUCAAAGGUUGAAAGAGUCUUUGAAAGCUGACACAAAAGAUUUCCUUGAGUCUCUUAAAACUGCCAUUAAUGUCACUGAAGAGAUUUUGUCACCAGGUGUUUAUACAUCAGAUUCUGAGGUAUCAUUUGCUACUGCAUAUAGUAGUGAUACUGAUUCUGUAUGCUCUGAUAAAACCAUAGAUGAUGUUUAUGUUGAUAGUGUGCAAUCACUAUACCCAGCUGGUAUUGACAUGAACGAUGCUGCUGAGAAUUUUGUAAAGAAUAGGGCUGAUGUUUUGGGCUUCCUGGAAGAAAAUUCCCCUGACAAAGAUGUAAGGAAGUCUAAAAGCGAACCACUUUUUGAACCAGGAAUGUCACCAAUAACAGUAGAUAGCAAAGAAAAUUUUAAGGAAGAUUUUCGUAAAGAAGAUCUUGAUGAUACAAUUAAUGGCAUGUCAGAUUGUUCUAAAGAUGAAGUGUCUGAUUUAGGCAGCUUUUUAACAUUUGAAACAAAUGGUAGUAAGAAUAUAAGUGACAAAGUUGGUAAUGGGUCAAACCUAAAAGACACAUCUAAAGCUGGUUUGAGAGGCACCAAAAUUGGUUUUACUAAAGUCACAGGGGAAAACAUCACAAAGGAAAAUAAUGAAAUUAAUAUAAAAGAUGCAGUAAAAAAUAUUCUUCGUGCCAAACAAGAUGUAGCUGAGUGUAGGAGGGAAGGUAAAGAGGUUCUGACAUGCGUGAGUGAUGCAAACAUUUCUGAUAUUCAAGCACCUGUAGCUGUAGCAGGAUCAAUUAAUGAUAAUGACCUCACAAAGUUGUUGAGAGAGAUUAUGCAACAAGCUAGAAAUCUUACACAUGCAGAAAGAUGUUCGGUGUUUCUGAUAGACAGAGAUACAGAUGAACUUGUGGCCAAAGUAUUUGAUGGUAUCACGACUAAAAAGGACAACGAAGUAAGCAGAUGCUUGGUACAGGAGGAGAUUAGAAUGCCAAUUACUCAGGGUAUAGCAGGAAAAGUGGCCACCUCAGGAGAACUGCUCAACAUAAAAGAUGCAUAUUCCCAUCCAUUGUUCUACAGAGGUAUUGAUGAUUCCACAGGAUUCAGAACUAGAAAUAUAUUGUGUUUUCCAAUUAAAGAUGAAAAGGGGAGAAUACUUGGUGUAGCCCAGCUGUGUAAUAAACAAAAUUGUCCAUGUUUUACAACCUUUGAUGAAGAGAUAGCAACUGCCUUUGGUAUAUACUGCUGUAUUAGCAUCAGUCAUAGUUUAAUGUACAAGAAACUUUUGGAUACCCAGCAUAGGAAAUCCUUAGCUAAUGAACUUAUGAUAUACCACAUGCAGGUCAGCCCGGAUGAUGUCCAUGGUCUUGCAACGGUAGAUAUACCCCACCCAAGAAUGCUGGAUGCCAACUUCAUUGAGUUUUCCUACGCACCUAGAAGUCUUCUUGAGGAUAAAACACUCCUAGCCUGUUUAUCAAUGUUUGAAGAUUUGAAUCUCAUAUCACGAUGGAGAAUCAGAAGGGAGACAUUGGCAAGAUUUGUGUUAAUGGUGAAGAAAGGUUACAGAAAUCCACCAUACCAUAACUGGAUGCAUGCUUACACUGUAGCCCAGUUCUGUUAUCAACUUAUCAAAAACCUGAAACUGGAAAACACUCUAGAUGAUAUAGAGCUGUUUUCACUGUUUGUGUCGUGUUUGUGCCAUGAUAUUGAUCAUAGAGGAACCAACAAUUCCUUUCAGACAGCUUCUAAAUCUGUUCUCGCUGCCUUAUAUAGUUCUGAAGGAUCGGUGCUAGAGAGACAUCAUUUUGCCCAGACAAUGUGUAUUUUAAAUACAGAGGGUUGCAAUGUGUUUGAAAACCUGAGUAGCAAGGAUUACCAACAUGUUUUAGAUCUGAUGAGAGAGAUCAUUUUAGCCACAGAUUUAGCACAUCAUUUCAAAAUACUGAAAAACCUGAAAGAGUUGGCUGAAAGAGGUAUAGAUAAAACCUCAGUGAGAGAGCGCAAGUUAUUACUGUGUCUUCUGAUGACAUCCUGUGAUCUGUCUGACCAGACUAGACCAUGGGAAAAUACCAAGAGGGUAGCGGCAUUGAUCUACAAAGAGUUUUUCUCUCAGGGUGAUAUGGAGAAAGCCAAGGGUUUGGAGCCCAGUGAUAUGAUGGACAGAGAGCGGGCUCAGAUACCUGCACUACAAAUCAGCUUCCUGGAUCAUGUUGCAUUACCAGUCUAUGUUUUGUUGGCAAAGAUGUUCCUUCCUGCAAAGGAAGUUGGAGAUCGGGUAGAAGAAAACAAGCAGCACUGGAUAAAGAUUUCAAAUCUGAUCAAGUUAAAGCGAGGAGGCAGUCAGGCCAGAAUGACUUUUGAGGAAGUGUUGGCUAUUGAAAAUGAGGCUGAUGAUGAAACAAUCCAAUUAGUGAAUGGUUCAGAAGUGAUAGGAUCAAAAUGUUAAAAUUUGUUCAUAUAGGCUUCAGCUUUAUGGUUUAUAUUAGUUAAAAUCAUGUAUUUAGCUUCAUGGGUGUACAAUGAGAGUGUAUAUGUUUAGUUCUAAGAGCCAGUGUUAAAAAUACUUGGAAUAAAUGGAUGCUGCUGUAGUAGACGGAAAUGUUCGGACCAAGCUUGAUGUAUUAAGGACAUGAAAGUCUAAAUGGCUAGGAAGUCUAAGUUUGUUUAAGACUUUAAAAUGUUAACUGGAGAAAAUAACUUGGUAGGUUCAACACAUAGGUAAAUAGAUGCUGGUGUGACAAGGGCAGAUAAGUAUUUUACAUCUAUCUUCACAGUUAUUUUUUCUAAGUUUUUGUUUGAAAAAACUGUUUUACAUGAUUGAAUUGGGGACAGUGGGUAAGCUUGUCUAAGUGAAAGAAGGCGUAAUAUAACAGAUCUUGAUUGAGGUUACAGCCUAAACAUGAAUCAUGUUAGAUGAAUUGUUUACAUGGGGUCAGCAGUGUGCAACACUGUCUUGGGAAAAAGUCAUAUAAUGGCUAACAAUGAUAACUUUGUAGGUGGAGAUGAAAAGGAAAAAGUUGCAUCAUGAUAAAAGUACUCCUAUUCCAGAGGACAACAUGCAUGAUACUAGAAGGAUUACAGACAUGAUCUGCGUUAGAGAAGGCAUUAUGUUAGAAAAAUUGUAGGUGAUUUCGUGGAUCGUAUUAUGUAAAAAACAUUGGAAAGCUUCAUAUCUGAUUUUAUAUAUCAUGUAGGGCAUGUUAAGGAGAACUGUGUUGAUGCAGGGAUAUUUCUGGGUUAAUGACCCAUUGUCAGCUGAACAGUUGCAAGAAUAAAUUGGCACAAAAGAGUAGAUGAACAUCUUAUAUCUUGGACAAGCUGCAAGCAAAAUAGUUAUAGAUGUCAUUGGCUAAAAGAAUGUUGCUGCCUUGAGAUGCUUGGUUUUGCCUAUUGAUGUGUUUGUUACUUAACUAAAUUAUUGUCCUGUUGUUAUUCAAACUUCUGUUUGUGUAGUAAAGCAGAGAGUAAAGAGAAAAUAUUAGAAUAAACAGUUAGUAGAUUAUUACAUGCAUGUGUACAUACUAGAAGGAAUUGAAUUCUUAUUUGAUUUUACUGACAGUUUAGCAAUAAAGUUUAAGAUAGUAUUUUGUGUAAUAGCAUAUUUACAUAGUGCUUUGACUUAGUGCUACUUAUAAGAAUUAGUUCUAUGAAUGAUCUUGAGAUUUUGCUUAUGAAUGAGAAUUAAUGAAAGCUGUUUUGUAUAUGUUUUAAAUAGGUAUGCUAUAGAUAAACUGUUCUACCAACUUACUAUAAAACAAGCACAACCUCUAAACAUAACAAUCAAAAGAUGAAUCCCAUUUUUCAGUUUUUGUGUUAUUAAUGAUGAUGUAUAUUUAGUCACUGCCUUUUGUGUAUUCCUUCAUUUUAUCUGGUGUUAUUUGAGUCACUGAAUAGCUUAAAAGUAUCAAAUAUUCCGGCCUUGUGUUCAUAAAACAAUUUCAGUUUCGGCCGAGUUCAAUAAUGAAACUUUAUUUGUCAUUUAAGUUAAAUGUUAAGUUUUCAAGUGAUGGUCAGGCUCAGUUUGAAUUUACUCUUAAGUUCAGUAAAUCUUCCGGUUAGAAUUUCAAUCUCAGACUCCGCAAAGACUGAAAAAUGUUUAGUGAUCAUGGAGCCUGAUAUUUUUCAAAUGUGAUAGAAGUUAUAGGUUAAACUUGAGAUGUAUUUUAGAGGAAACAAGAUUUGAUUUACAGUGAUGAAUUGGAUUUUUCAUUAAAAGAAUUAAAGUCAAGGAUGGUACUGAAAUAAUAAAAUGCCAGGUUAUCAUUAUCAUAGGCCAGUAUUUGAUCUGUUAAUUUCACAAUGUUUUUCUGAAAAAGAAAAAUUUAGAUUCCCUUAACAGAUCUAAUUGCUGUUUGUAAAUAUGUUGGCCAGAUGAAUAUUUCAUCCAUUUUUAUAGGCUAUGGGAUUGGCUGAUGUAGAAAAUUGUGGUCAGUGACAUAGUUGAUUUAAAAAAUUAGUGGUAUUAUGUAAUAAUAGUUGUAUUACCAUGCUGUCUGUACUGUUAAGGGUAUGAAAGUUUAGUCUGGAGAAGGCCAAAUGCUUUUUUGUACAGUUCAGUCUGUUAAAAAGAUCUGAUAUGCAUGUCUGUUUAUUGUAGAUUUGAACAAAAAGGGAUAAUCUAUAUGUGUAUAAAUGAGAUUUGAUCAAAUAUUAAGUGUCCCAAUACAAAUAAGGCUGAUGAGCACAAGGCUUAAAAAAGUGUCUUUAAUUAUAACUGAAAUAUGACAACUGCUUUGACCAAACUGUUCAUAAAAGUUAGACAAAACAUGAUUAUAAUGUCUCCCACAACACAGUGGUGUGGGAGAUGUAUUGAUUUACUCCAGUCUGUGUGUGUGUCUGUCACAAAGCUUGUCCCCACUCUUAAGUCAAACAUUUCUCAUCCAAUCUUCACCAAACUUGAAUAAAAUGUGUUUGACCAUAAGACCUCGGCCAAGUUCGAUAACUAGCCAAAUCCUCCCAGGCACUUUCGGAUUAUGGCCCUUCAAUUACUGAUUGAGUCCGUUCGUCCAAGCUGUCUAAUUUGGUCCAUUCAUCUAAUCCAUCUAGAGAAACUAGACAUUUUUCAUAGGGACAGUUGUGGGAGACAUGCGCUUUUCUCAAAAGCAUCUCUAGUUUCUUUCUGAAAUAGUUUUUCCCACUAUUUUCGUUAUCAAACUGAUUUCUGUAAUGAAUACAGAUUGGAUUAAACAGUAUUGAAUAGAUUGCAUAUUUGUCAUUAUGUUUGACUCGAAUUAACAGCCAUUUACAAGGCAUCUUGUCAUAAUUAUACAACAAAUCCAGUCUCUUCCAUUCACCCCACCAAACUGUUGGGGGUGGGAUUGGAGGUUGUAUAAGAACUUUUUUGUCCUGUCCCUAUCCUGUCAUGUCCCAAUUUGUGUUUUCUUGAACAUAUUUUCACCUUUAUUAAUGGCUCUAGUUGGCUUUAAUUAUUUAUGCUUGCAUAAACUUUACCUACAGUCUUGUAAACUGAAAUGCAUUCUGUCAUGGUUUUUAAUGGUCAGUUUAUACAGAUUAAAUACGGUUUCAGAGUAUCUUGUAUAGUAUUUGAAAAAGAAAUUCUCCAAAAAAAUUUAAAUUUUGAAAUUUUAGUAUGAAAGUAAUCCCAAUUUGGCUUUUCAAUACCAUUUCACUUAAAUAUACAUGUUCAGUUUAAAUGCUUUUGAAACUUCCAUUUGAGAUUCUUAAAUGAAAUGUUACAAGAAUACAACAAUAACAAGAUGUUAAAAUAAUGUAUUGGAAACAUGAACACAUAUGUAUAUAUAGCUAGAUAUUGGUUUUAUUUUUGAUAAUUUAUAUGUUAUUAUUUACAUUUUAUUUUACUUUUUUUUUGAUGUUUUGAUCAGUUAUUUUAUAAUUUCUGCAGGGAAGGUACUUUUUAUAGCAGUAAACAAUAUUAUAUUUUCAUGUCAGUUGACUACUGAUUUGCCCCAAACUCUUACAAUAUUGCCUAAAGAUUCUACAGUUUUUAUAUUCCAUUACUGAGAAAAGUAUUGGACGUUUAUGUUUAUUAAUGCAUGUAUGUUGUUUGAACAAUGUCCGAUUGAUGAUAAACCACAAUAGUGAUUUUCCCCACAGGUUGAAAAACAUGUUUAUACAUGUUUUUUUUUUUAUUUUGUUUUUUUAUUCAAUGAAAUAUUGCAGUGUUAGAGGAAUAUUUGUCUGGUAUUUUCACAAUGUAAAAUAUCAGUCUUAAAAGUUUCACCAGUAAGAAACUUGAAAAUGUGUAAAGUUUAGUAAAAUCUUGAAACAGAUAAAAAAAUUAUGUUUUUCAUGUAAGAUCUUCGCUUCAUUCACUUGUGGAUACCAUAUCCUACAUUUUUAUGCCAUGCCUGAAAAAAAAAUGCAUUUUGAUCUUACACUGAAACCUACAAAUAUCCUUCUUAUAUUUUUGUUGACUGCAAACCUUUUGUGUGGACAUCCAUUGUACAAUAGCAUUCUGCUUAGUACACAUCUGUUAUAUUUUCAAAAUUUAAAUUUUGCACCCUGAUUGCUUUUACACAGUGAGCAUUCAUUAUGUGUAAAUUUAUUUUUUACAUGUAUCACUGUGAUGCAAAUUGGAGACUCCGCCAAAGAUAUUUGGCAUAAAUACUACCUUCUUUUCUGUCAAAUAAUAUCAUCUGGGAAUUCUAUUAACACUCCUCGGUGGUUCUGAUUUGGUGACCUUUAUAUGUGAACUUUAACUAAUAUUUUGGUGAGAAAAAAAUGCUUGUUUGUAAUGAGAAAACAUAAUGUUGACAGUUCAUUUUAAACGAAUGUUUUGUUGUUACUUCAAUCAUUUUAAUUAUGUGAAUUUAAAUUUCACUGAGUCAUUAUGUAAGGCAUUUUCUCUUUUUUUAUAUUUUCAAAACCACUAUGUUAAAUAGUUAUGUUAAAUACACCAUAUCAUGGCAUUAAGCUAUUUUGGAAAUACCUUCUUUUUGUUUUGUGUCCUUUAAUCAUUAUUGUGAAACAGUUAAGUUGUUGAUGUAUGUGUGUAAAUGCUUGCACGGAUAUCUAGUGAAAUGAGCCGUGCCAUGGGAAAACCAACAUAGUGGGUGUGCGACCAGCAUGGAUCCAGACCAGCCUGCGCAUCCACGCAGUCUGGUCAGGCUCCAUGCUGUCCGCUUUUAAAGCCUAUUGGAAUUGGAGAAACUGUAAGCGAACAGCAUGGAUCCUGACCAGACUGCGCAGAUGCGCAGGCUGGUCUGGAUCCAUGCUGGUCGCACACCCACUAUGUUGGUUUUCCCAUGGCACGGCUCAAAUGUUGUUUUAUUACAUAAAAUUCAUUUUCAACAUAGAUCUUAACCAGUAUACUCCAUCAAUCAUGAUCAUAGGGUUGUUUAGAAACCAAGUAUACUCAUCAUUUAUCAUAUAUACUUGUAUAUUCCCAUGUUACCAUAACAAUUCAGAGAUUUGUUUACAUUACUUAUGAUAUUACUGAUUUAUUUAUAUAUUUUAAACUCCACAUCAUUUAAUAUAUUUCUUGAAUUGUUACUAAAACUGUUUUUACUGCUUACUUAGAAAAUAUGAACUUAGUAAUUUUUACCGAAACAAACAGAUCUUGGUUAAGGAUCCAUGUUUUUAAUCAGAAUCUAUUGACCAGCUCUUUUUAGUAAGUUUAAUGGGUUACUGUAUUUUUUUUUCAGAACAAAUAGUCAAGAAAUGAUAUAUUAAAUCAUUAAUUGUUAGCUGUAUAGUCUGACAAUUUAGACAGAAGAUAUCAUUUGAAGCCAAUGCAGUGGUUAAAGUCACUUACUUUAUAUUGGUUGCCUCUCACCAAUGUGGGUUUGAUAUCGGGUGAGGAAGCCAUCCAGGUGGCUUAUUGGAGGUCGAUGGUUCUACCCAGGCCCGCCAAUGUGUGAAACAGUGCCAUGAUGGCUACCUGUGUCUUCCACCAUGGAAAUCUGGAAAUGUUGCGAUAUGACCUGCAUGUGACUCGAAACUCAAAGUGUUAUCUGUUUUAAUUUUGUUGAAUUGCAGGUACACUAUCAACUCAUUACUGUUUUCAGUUAUGUUGAAAUAACAUUAGUAAAUUUUUGACAUAAGAUUUUAGAAAUAACAGAAAGUAGGAUCAGCUGUAUUUAAAUGAUUUCUGACUUUCAACACCAAACACCACGCUUCCUUUUUUAUUACAGUGCUGAAGGAAGUACCAAUUGCAACUAUAUUUAUUAGACCGCCAGCAAAUAUUACUAUGAUGUGCUGUAGCCUCACCUUUUGGUAUAUUCAAAUAACAAGACUUUAAGCAGUUAUGAAAACUGUUGCAAGAUCGGUGCAAAAAAAUGGGAAUGUACUUGCAAGAGCUUCAUUUUUUUCCCUAGAAAAGUUUUUGUGUUUUCCGAAACUUUGAAAGGAUAUGCUCCACAUAUCUGAACAUUUAUUAUCAUAAACCAGAUCUUAUUUUGAAUGUGUUGUAAAUAUAUAUGGAAAGUAUCUUUUUUAAUUUACUGAACUGUAUAUAUCAAAUAAUUAUUACAACUAUUUUAUUUGUUAUGGCCAUAUUACUAAUAAACUGUUAAACUGAA